CCCAGAAUGAGCUUUGAUUCAUAAGAUCAGGAGUAGCUUCUGGUAUGUGCUAGCUGAACACUAUCAGGCUGCACCAAUCCAGGCAUGAGUCUCUACAGCAACCCUGUAUUGGUUGGUUUCAAUAAGUGUCCGAUAUCUCUCCGAGCAGCCCUCUGAAUCAUCUGCACCUUGGUGGUUCAUAGUUCUUUGGCUCCAAGUAAGGUAUAAAUAAGGGCUUCUUCUCCUCCUUUUCGUAACAGUCUUUCUUGUAGCCAUCAAUCUCACUGUUCUACUCUUUACCAUUCAACCCAUUUAUUUGGCACCCUGCCUUUAUUGCCGAUUGUACAUUGAUCAUUUCAAUACCGCCAUCAUGUCUGACUUCGCUGAGAAGAACCGUCAAUACUUUGACAAGAUGGCUAGCACCUACAAUGACGAAUUCAAGGACUUCAUAGCAGCAAACUGCAGAGAGAUCCUGAAUCACCGUGCGUGGAUCAGUGAUACCUGGACCGACACUGAGUCGGGCAAGGGUAAGGAGAUCAAGAUGCUCGAAUACGCCUGCGGACCUGGUCCCGUCUCCAUGACUCUGGCACCUUAUGUCACAAAAGUAGUCGGCAUGGAUGUUUCGGAUGGCAUGGUCGGUCAGUUCAACAAGAACGCCCAGGAAGCAGGUCUGGGAGACAAGAUGACUGGAGUCAAAGCUGAUCUCCUUGCCGAGACUGUACCUGAGGAGUACUCUGGAGAGGAGUACUCUAACUUCGACAUUGUGGUCGUCAGUAUGGCACUUCACCAUUUCGAGAAACCCGAACUGGCCUUGGCCAGGUUGGGUGAGCGGCUUAAGAAGGGUGGUGUAUUUUUGAUCUUGGAGAUCCUUGCGAACGGAGACCACGAUCAUCAGCAUCACCACCAUCACCACCAUCACCAUGGUGAGCACCAUGACUCAGCUCAUGAGAAGCUUGACUUUGGCGAGGCUGAACACACAGUCGGAAGCCAUGGGUUCACAUUGGAGGGGAUCCAACAGCUCUACGAAAAUGCCGGGUUGGGUCGGGACUUCCAAAGCGAAUUGUUGGAGCAUAAGAUGGCAUUCAAGGUUCAUGCAAAGCUGCCGAAAACCCUGUUCCUUGCUCGGGGCCAGCGAGUUUGAGCAUCGUUGACGAUAUAGUGCGGUCAAGAUAGUAAUGCGAUUGUUG